AUGGACAAAGAGAAAGCGGAUGGAGGACGUGAGAGGACACCCACCGACCGCUCGGUGGAGCUCCAUCCUCGUCCUGACGGCGAGGGAGGCGGGAAAGAGAGAAAGGGAGAGAAAAGCAAGAAGAAGAGGCAGAAACAGAAGUGGUUUCGGAAUGCUCAGGAUGAGCAGGUGGAGCAGGGAGAGGUGGAGCAGGACACGGUCCCAUCCAGGAGGUGCACUGAUGAUCAGACUUCUCUUCAGGACGUCGUAACUACUGUAGAGGACGGCGAUCAUCAGGAGCUUCCUUCCAGUGCUGCUGUUGUCCCUGCUGUCACUGCUGAGGACCAGCAAGUGGAGGACGUCCAGCUUCAAGAUCAGGACAGUCCAGACCGCAUUUGCUGGAAAUAUUGUAUUGGCAAGAAGUUGGGAGAAGGAGGAUGCGGCUCCGUUUUUGAAGGGACCCGCCGUGAAGACGGCCUUCCAGUGGCUGUGAAGUUCACGGUGAAGACAGAGAACGAGCCGUACUUAAGCCUUCCUGAGCAUCCCAGACCAGUUCCUCUGGAGGUGGCCCUAACUCUCAUGGCCAAUCAAGGCCCCAGCUGUCCCCACAUCAUAAAGCUACUGGACUGGGAGGACCAACCGGACCAGUACAUUAUGGUCCUAGAGCGGCCCUCGCAUUGCAUGGACAUGCUGAGUUUUUGGGCGCAUUACGAUGGCCACUUCAGCGAGGAGAUGGCACGUCAUUUCAUGCGGCAGGUGACCGAUGCUGCUGCUGCUUGCUGUUCCAAGAGUGUCUUCCAUCGGGACAUCAAAAUGCCAAACAUCCUGGUCAACGUAGAGACCCUAGAGGUCAAACUUAUCGAUUUUGGCUGUGGAGACCUCCUUAAAAAGACCUCCUACACCACCUAUAGUGGGACAGCAAGGUACUGCCCUCCGGAGUACAUCGAGAAGGGCGAGUACGACGGGAAGCAGGCCACAGUGUGGUCGCUGGGGGUGCUGCUGUUUCGGAUGAUGACCAGACUUUUCCCAGACAGCAGCGACAUCGGUUUGAUGGAUGCCGAUGCGUGGGAAGAGCCAGGCAUCUCCGACGAAUGCUGUCGUUUUAUUCGAGGUUGCCUAAAGAGUGACCCAGAGCAGAGGCUUCACCUGGAUGAGAUGCACUUACACGAAUGGUUUAAGUUAGCCCCUUCAUCCCUCCAGUCCUAGCGCCUUGCGGGGCUGGCAGGCCAUGGUUGCGUCUGGCGCCUUGGCCCGAGACAGUAGUUUAAGCGCC